AUGCUGAUAUCUCAGAAACAGAUGGUGCAUUGUGGCAAUACGUUACUGUUUUGGUUAGUACUAAACACAUUUAUCACUGACUCAAUUGGCCUGUCGUUAACGCUGUCAGUAUCUAUGAUUGCGGCCUUGCUUUAUAUACGGAUACCUCCUGUCCCUAAGGACAAGAUUAGCCCUGCAAUUCUCAACUUGUUCAAGAUUGAUCAGAAUAAUGAGAAGGGAAAUUUAAUUUUUCACAAAGCGGGUGGAUUUCAUGCACCCGAGAACACUUUGGAGGCUGUUCAACAGGCCAUUGACUUAGAGAUUCCUGCUAUUGAAAUUGAUCUGGACUUCACCAAAGAUGGGGUUGGUGUGUUGAUCCAUGGACCUAAAGUGGAUGACACCACCGAUGGGCAAGGUCUUGUUUCAGAGUUCACCUUCGAACAAAUCCAAGCCCUGAAUGCGUCUUUCAAUGAUGUGAACAAGGACAAGUACCCUGUUGCACGUGUACCAACCUUAGAGGCCUGUGUGGAGCUGUGUAUAAAGAACAAAAUUGUCAUCUUUAUUGACUGCAAGAGUAGUCCUUCUCUAACAGCCAAGCUUAUUACAGAUCUUUACAAGAAGCAUCCAGAACUGUAUGAGCUUGGUAUUGUGUGCUCGUUCUACCCCACCAUUAUUUAUUCUGUUAGGCAGGCAGAUAACAACAUUUUGACAGCAUUGACUCAUCGAGACUUCCUACUGACCCUGGAGGGAGAUGGAACCGAGAGGAACAAAGAGAUAUGGAAGAGGCUGAUUUCUCCAGUGCUUGAUGCCAUUCUGUCUUGGGCUCACUGGUCUAUACUUUGGUUCAUCUGUGGCAACUCUUUCUUUCUGUGCAACAAAGACAAGAUUUGUCAAGAAAGCAAGAAUUUCUGGGAAAGCUUGGGAGUACGACUGGUUGCUUGGACAGUGAAUGAUCAAAUAGAGAAGGAAUUCCUCAUAAAGCAUCUUGGAAUCCCCGUCAUCACUGAUGGCCUCGUGCAUCCUCAUUCCAGAAAUAAUAGUUAA